AUGCUUGCACUUGAUCAUGAUCAGCUCCGAUUCAACUGCCUCUUCCCUCCUCAGGAUUAUGGAAUUCCUGAGCCCCUGUUCCAAUUCGAUUCCGACAAUCACAACCUCAUUUCCCUCUUCCCCGGGUUUCCUGCUCCUGCGACGGUUGAUUAUCUGGGUGACAUUCCAGUUGUUCCGUUGCCAGUUCCGAAGUUUGAACUGCCAGCUGAGCCGCUGAGGUUCAGCAUUGGGAGGAGCGGCAAGGAAGCAGAGGAGGUGAACAAAAAACAGAGCAAUGGGAAUGGCGAAACGUUAUCGGCGCAGAGCAUUGCUGCGAGGCACAGGAGGAGGAGAAUAACGCACAAGACCCGGGAGCUAGGGAAGCUGAUCCCUGGCGGGAACAAGAUGAAUACUGCUGAUAUGUUCCAAGCUGCUGCCAAGCAUGUCAAGUUCUUGGAGGCUCAAAUCAGCAUUCUUCAGUCCAUGGGCUCGCUUCAGAACGAGCUGGGGGCGCUUGUGACGUCGCCGGUGAUUCAGCAGAAGCUGUAUUCGAAAGAGAAGUGCUUGGUCCCGACGGAGCUACUCCGGACUCUGGCGAAUGGUUCUGAGUUCCAGUCGCAAUCAAUCAAUCAAGGAGAAUGA